UAUAAUAUUUGACACAAAUAUAUCACAAUAUACUUCUAUUAAAGUUAAUUAAAGCCUUGACAAUAAGUUUGUGAAAGGGGCAGCAUGGAAUACACAAAAUAUUGCACUGAACAUGGUUCUAUAAAAAUUGAAUCAGAAUCACAGGUUUCACCAGACUGCAUCAAUGGUGAGGACAAAGAUUAUUCUAGGACAACUCUGCCCCCUGGGCUGAUGAUUAAAACAUCAGACAUACCUGGCGCAGGACUUGGAGUUUUUGCCACAAGAUUUUUUCCUGCCGGGACAAGGUUUGGGGCAUUUGAUGUGAAGAAAGAGAGCAUCGAGCAAAUGGCACAUGGCUCUGAGUAUUGUUGGGAGAAUGGGAGGCUGUCCCAUUUUGUUGAUGCCAGUGACAGCUCUGUUUUAAACUGGAUGAGAUUCGUAAAAUGUGCACGUUAUGAGGAUGAGCAGUGUGUCACAGCAUACCAGCACAAUGGUGAAAUGUACUAUAUGGCUCAUAGGGACAUCGUUUCUGGCUCAGAGAUACUGGUGUACUAUGGUGACAAUUAUACCAGAGACCUGAGUAUUCAGGUACAGAAGGUUGGUGUUGUGAACAAUGACUGUGAUAUUGUUACAGAUAUCUAUCAGUGUCAGCAUUGCAGUUUGGCUUUUUCAAAACUUUCCUAUUUAAAUUCACAUUUAAAAAAGAAACAUGAAGGGAAAAACAUUGACAAUAAAGGUCUGGAUCUCACAGUUAACAACAGUGGACAUUCUUAUCAGUUAUCAAACUUUCAUCAACAACGUAGAAUUCAUAGAGGAAAAAAGCUUCACAAGUGUGAAACUUGUGGUAAAUAUUUUGCAAGAUUUUAUCGUAUAAAGAUACACCUUAGAACUCAUCUGGGAGAAAAGCCAUACAAGUGUGACCAAUGUGGUAAAUGUUUUAGCCAGUUAGGUCACUUAAAGCAACACCAUAAAACACAUUCAAAAGCAAAGCGAUACAAGUGUGACAAAUGUGGUAAAAGUUUUAAUACUCUUUGUGAAAUAACAAGACAUCUUAGAAUUCAUAUUGGAGAAUUGCCUUACAUGUGUGACAUUUGUGGUAAAGGUUUUCCCAAGCCUGGCAUCUUAAAGAUACACAAUAGAAUUCAUACAGGAGAAAAGCCUUACACGUGUGACAAAUGUGGUAAAUGUUUUGCAAGUACCAGCUGUUUAAGGGGACACAAUAAAACUCAUUCAGUAGAAAAACCUUACAAGUGUGAUACAUGUGGCAAAUGUUUUAGCCACAUGAAUAGCUUAAAGAUUCACCAAAGAGUUCACACAGAAGAGAAGCCAUACAAAUGUGAUCAAUGUGGUAAAAGUUUUACCCAGUUAUGUACCUUAAAGCAACACCAUAGGACUCAUUCAGAAGCAAAAAGAUACAAGUGUGACAAAUGUGGUAAAAGUUUUACCACUCUUUGUGAAAUAACAAGACACCUAAGAAUUCAUAUUGGUGAAUUGCCUUACAGGUGUGACAUUUGUGGUAAAGGUUUUCCCCAUCCUGGCAUCUUAAAGAUACACAAUAGAAUUCAUACAGGAGAAAAGCCUUACACGUGUGACAAAUGUGGUAAAUGUUUUGCAAGAACACGCUCCUUAAGGGAACACUAUAGAACUCAUUCUGGAGUAAAACCUUACAAGUGUGAUACUUGUGGUAAAUGUUUUACCCAGACAAGUAUCUUAAGGAUUCACCAAAGAGUUCACAUAGAAGAGAAGCCGUACAAAUGUAAUCAAUGUGGUAAAUGUUUUACCCAGGUUGGUAACUUAAAGCAACACCAUAGGACUCAUUCAAAAGUAAAACGAUACAAGUGUGACAAAUGUGGUAAAAGUUUUACUACUCUUUGUGAAAUAACAAGACAUCUUAGAAUUCAUAUUGGAGAAUUGCCUUACAUGUGUGACAUUUGUGGUAAAGGUUUUCCCAAGCAUUGCAUCUUAAAGAUACACAAUAGAAUUCAUACAGGAGAGAAGCCUUACAAAUGUGACAAAUGUGGUAAGUGUUUUACAAGUACCAGGUGUUUAAGGGGACACAAUAAAACUCAUUCAGGAGAAAAGCCAUACAAGUGUGAUAAAUGUGGUAAAUGUUUUCCCUAUCCUGGCAUCUUAAAGAUACACAAUAGAACUCAUACAGGAGAGAAGCCUUACAUUUGUGGCAAAUGCGGUAAGUGUUUUACAAGUACCAGCUGUUUAAGGGGACACAAUAGAACUCAUCUAGGAGAAAAGCCUUACAAGUGUGAUAAAUGUGGUAAAUGUUUUCCCUAUCCUGGCAUCUUAAAGAUACACAAUAGAACUCAUACAGGAGAGAAGCCUUACAUUUGUGACAAAUGUGGUAAAUGUUUUGCAAGAACACGCUCCUUAAAGGAACACAGAAGAACUCAUUCAGGACAAAAACCUUACAAGUGUGAUAAAUGUGGUAAAUGUUUUACCCAGACUAGUAACUUAAAGGUUCACCAAAGAGUUCACAAAGAAGAGAAGCUGUACAAAGUGUGAUAAAUGUGGUAAAUGUUUUACCAUGUUAGGUAACUUAAAGCAGCACCAUAGGACUCAUUCAGAAGCAAAAUGAUAUGAGUGUGACAAAUGUGGUAAAAGUUUUACUACUCUUUGUGAAAUAACAAGACACCUUAUAAUUCAUAUUGGAGAAUUGCCUUACAGGUGUGCCAAAGGUUGUGGUAAAGGUUUUCCCAAG